UUUGCAGGGAAGCAUGUCUUGGACUCGCUCAGGUGUGGCCCCAGCAUCAAUGGUCCAACCGACCACGUAUUUUUUUGGAGAGAUUAUCUCAAGUUUUUUGCACAUCCCAGCUUCCACUCUCCAAGCAAACCCACUGGAUUCAGAGAGAUUGCUUUAGAGUACAGCACAAGAACACGAAAAGUGGCUAUGGAGUUGGUGAAAGCAAUAUCAGCAAGCUUGGGAUUGGAAGAGGGCUAUAUAGAGAAGGCUUUGAGUAUGGAAUUGGGUCUUCAGCUCUUCAUUUCAAACUUCUUUCCGCCUUGUCCACAACUUGAACUCGCAAUGGGAUUGCCUCCUCAUUCCGACCCCACCCUCUUGACCCUCCUUAUAAAUAAUGGCAUCUCUGGCCUUCAGCUGCAGCGUUAAGGGAAAUGGGUCAAUGUUAAUUCGAUUCCUAAUGCAUUCAUGGUUAUCUUUGGCGAUCAAAUGGAGGUUCGUCUCAAAAUCAAGCAUUUCAAUUCCAUUUUUACUUUUCUGAUCUUUACUUUAAUAUGCAAUUUUAUCUUUACCAAACUUGAAUGUUUCUUCGAGAAUUUCAAUCAAAGCCUUUGUUUGGUGCAAGAUUAUGAGCAACGGUAAGUACGAGUGUGCUGUACAUCGAGCAACUGUGAAUGAAAAAGCUACAAGAAUGUCGAUAGCCAUGCUGUUUGGACCAGCACUAGAAACAGUUGUUGGGCUAGCACCAGAGUUGGUUGACAAUGAAACUAUUAACAGACAUUCCACAUCGGCUUCCAACUCAGAUAUACAAUCAUCUAGCUCCAAGUCAGCUGCACAUAAAGAUGCAGAGCCAUCUCAGCAACAGAAAUUGUCCAAAAAUGUUUAAUUGUAUUGCUGGAUUAUUCUUGUAAUUCUGUUUUGUACUAAGGCAUUCCUUUCGGUUACAACAACUUCACACAGCUAGCACUAAGCGCACAGCACACCACGUGCCUGUGAGAAUGCCAGAAUGUUCUUGGCAAUUCGAUUCUCUCUAUAAAUAAGCCUCUGUACAAACAUUGAAAUUAUGAAGGAAAUAUUAUUCAGACUUUAUCUUCUACACAACUUUAUCUUUUACAUGGCAUCAGAGCCAUUAUAGACCAACGUCCCCAAAAUGGCGGAAGAAGCAACUCUGAAAAAAAAAUUCAGAUUCUGCUUCCUCCUCCCCCGUUCUUCCCCAUCUUAAUCAUCUUGUCUCUGUUAAACUAAACAAUGACAAUUUUCUUCUCUGGCGAGCUCAGAUGAUCCCAUAUCUGAAAGGCCAGAGAUUAUUCCAUUUUGUUGAUGGAUCAACUGCACCUCCUCCUCCUCUCCUCUCCGAUGCACUCACACCUAAUCCUGAUUUUCUACACUGGACCCAAACCGAUCAAAUCAUUUUGAGUGCUCUUAUCUCCACUCUGUCCGAUAAUCUCAUAGCACAGGUUGUUGGCUAUUCCACAUCCAGACAAGUAUGGUCUGCUCUAGACAAACUCUUUGCUUCCCAAUCCCAAUCCCGCAUCAUUCAGCUUCGGUAUCAACUUGCCACACUCUCAAAAGGGUCCUCCUCUGUUUCUGAAUAUUUUCGGAAGGUUAAACACCUCUCCGAUACCAUGUGUGCAGCAGGAAUUAUUCUCUCCCCUGCCGAAUUUGUUUCCUACCUCCUUGCGGGACUAAGCAAUGAUUACGAUGCAUUUGUCACCACUGUCACCGCCCGUAUUGAACCAUUGUCUCCUGAAGAACUCUAUGGUCUUUUACUCACUCAUGAGAGUCGUCUAGCACACUCUUCUCAUCUGCCACACUCUAUCGACCUCUCCGCACACUUCACAUCGGCUUCCCGUGGUCAUAGCACCAUUCGAGGAAAUUUCCGAGGACAUUCUCGGGGUCGUGGUAGGGGCCGCAACACUCCUUCCUCCACUCCCAAUUUCACUCCUCACUCUUCUCCUUCAAAUUUCUCUCCUCUUCCUCAUUCGAGACCCACCUGUCAAUUGUGUGGCAAAAUUGGACAUGUUGUCAUGAAAUGUUAUCACCGAUUUGAUCAUUCCUACCAGAGUGACCCACCUCGUUCUCUCACGGCAAACUACACUUCUUCUGCCUCCACUCCCGAUCAGACCUGGUACCCCGAUACCGCUGCCACAAAUCACCUCACAUCUGAUCUUACCCAUCUCAAUCUAAACUCAGCAGCUUACACUGGUGUAGAUCAAAUUCGUGUUGGAGACGGCACUGCGCUCCCAAUUUCAAAUAUUGGUGACUCUGUCUUUAAAACUUCCUCUUGUUCUUUUUCUCUCAAACAGCUUUUGCAUGUUCCGGAUAUAACAAAAAAUUUAGUUUCUGUUCGCCAAUUUUGUCAUGACAAUCUAGUUUUCUUUGAAUUUCACAAUUCUUGUUUCAUUGUGAAGGAUUCCAAGACGGGGACACCACUCCUUCGUGGCCCCGUGCGUGACGGCCUCUACACCUUUCCAGCACCUGUCUGUCCUCAAGCUCUGGUUGGUGAGCGCACCACCCCUUCUCAAUGGCACUCUCGACUCGAGCAUCCUUCCCUCCAGAUUGUUCAACGUGUCAUCUCCAAAUAUUCUCUUCCUGUCUCCAUUCGUGAUCCUCCAUCAAUAUGUUCAGCGUGCUGUCAAGCCAAAAGCUCCCAGUUGCCGUUUCAAGCCUCUCAUCAGCACUCUACCAAGCCUCUCCAACUUAUCUACUCAGAUGUAUGGGGCCCUGCCCCAGUUCUGUCCCGUGAAGGCUUUCGUUAUUAUGUAACCUUUUUAGACGAUUUUACCCGUUACACUUGGUGGUUUCCUUUAAUACAAAAGUCUGAUGUUCUUUCUGUUUUCAUUCAAUUUCAGAAACAAGUUGAGUUGCAAUUUAAUUCUAAAAUUCAAUCCCUUCAAAGUGAUUGGGGUGGAGAGUAUCGUGCUUUGCACACUCUUUUCAAAAAUCAAGGAAUUUUCCAUCGCAUAUCAUGUCCCCAUACCCAUCAGCAAAAUGGUGCCGUGGAACGAAAACACCGCCACAUUGUGGAAACCGGUUUAGCUCUCAUGGCUCACGCUUCCUUGCCUCAAAAAUUUUGGGCUGACUCCUUUCAUACUGCUGUUUACUUAAUAAAUCGACUUCCAACUCCUCUCCUUCAUCAUCAAUCUCCUUUCGAGAAAAUCUUUUCCAAAACGCCCAAUUACAAUAUGCUCAAGGUUUUUGGCACAGCAUGUUGGCCUCAUUUGUGGCCGUACAAUCGCCACAAACUUGAUCUUCGUUCCACAAAAUGUUUGUUCAUUGGAUAUAGUGACUCCCAUAAAGGUUACAAAUGUCUCCAUGUCCAAACUGACCGAAUUUACAUUUCUAGAGAUGUCAUCUUCGAUGAAACGUGUUUUCCUUUCUCCACACAAUCUGAAAUUCCUUCUCACACUCCUCCCGUGUCAUUACCCUCCAUUCUGGGCCCUCUACCAUCCUUCACUCAAUCCUCAACUUCUCCACCCACUCGGCCCACUAGCCCUUCAAGCCCGAAUCUUAUUCCUCCCGAUACUACUCAGCCCACCUCUCCUGCACCAACACUCUCCACUCACGUGCCACAGCAGAUAAAUUCUUCCAGCUCAUUUCCUACAGAUUCAUCUCCCGAAAAGUCCCCUCACGUGUCUCAGUCUCAGACAACUACUUCUCCCAGCUCAUCUUCUACAUCCCAGCCUCUCGAACUUUCCACCAUUCAGUCCACGACUCAGCUUCCAACUUCAUCUUCUUCAAAUCUAAUCAUCACCCGCUCCAAAACAAAUUCCCUCCGUCCAAAGCAGUUCACCGACGGGACAGUCCUGUGGCCACCACCACGAAGCUGCCUUACCGCCAUCUCCACCUCUUUUCCCGAAGAACCCAGCUCAUUCACUGAAGCGGCUAAGCACCAACAAUGGCGUCUGGCCAUGGCAAAUGAGUUUCAAGCACUUCUGGCCACAAACACUUGGACCCUAGUCCCUUCAUCUGGCAUCAAAAAUUUGGUCGGCUGUAAAUGGGUCUUCCGAACCAAAAGGAACUCAGAUGGCACUGUCGAACGUCACAAAGCGCGCCUGGUAGCAAAGGGUUUUCAUCAACAAGAAGGUAUUGAUUUUUCUGAAACCUUUAGUCCUGUAGUAAAACCCACUACCAUUCGGACUAUUCUUUCCAUUGCAGUCACUGAAUGCUGGUCCCUUAGACAGUUAGAUAUUAACAAUGCCUUUUUGCAUAGGGAUCUUCAAGAACAAGUUUUUAUGACCCAGCCAAUUGGAUUUAUCAAUCCCGAAUACCCUACGCAUGUUUGUUGCUUGAAUAAGGCCAUUUAUGGCCUCAAACAAGCACCAAGGGCAUGGUUCUCCAAAUUGAGUACACGGCUCCUUGAACUCGGUUUCACACAAUCAUGCUCUGAUCCCUCUCUUUUCUUGUAUAAAUAUUCCUCUGUUACUGUCUAUUUUCUCAUCUACGUUGAUGACAUUAUACUUACAGGUUCCUGUCCUAAAGCUAUUUCCUCGGUCCUUCAUUCUCUACAUUCAUCGUUUCCUGUAAAAGAUUUAGGGCCUCUGCGUUUUUUUCUUGGACUUGAAAUAAAUAAAUUCUCCAAUGGUCUUCAUCUUUCUCAGACCAAGUACAUCUGCGACCUCCUUAAAAGAACCAAUAUGGACUUAGCCAAACCUGUAUCUUCCCCCAUGGCCUUCUCUACUCGUCUCUCUCUCACUGAUGGCCCUGACUUCAGUGAUCCUACUCUCUAUCGGAGCACUGUCGGUAGUCUCCAAUAUCUGUCACUUACCCGUCCUGAUAUUGCCUUUGCCGUGAACAAAAUUUGUCAAUUUAUGCAUGCUCCCAAACUCCCUCACUGGCAAGCUGUGAAGAGGAUUCUCCGCUACCUUAAGCAAACAGCUCACUAUGGUCUUCACAUUCAACCCUCUUCCACUUACACCCUUCAAGCAUUUUCAGAUGCGGAUUGGGCAGGGUGCCCAGAUGAUCGGCGCUCUACAGGGGGUUUUUGUAUUUUUCUUGGACCUAAUCUAAUUUCAUGGGGCUCAAAGAAGCAACACACAGUUGCAAGAUCCAGUACCGAAGCCGAAUACAAAGCUCUUGCCAAUACCACUGCAGAAUUACUUUGGCUUCAAUCAUUACUCAAAGAACUCAGUGUCUUUCUUCCCAAAGCCCCCACUCUAUGGUGUGACAACUUGGGAGCCACGUAUCUCUCAGCAAAUCCAGUUCUUCAUUCACGUACAAAGCAUAUGGAAAUUGAUUUCCACUUUGUACGUGACAAAGUAGCAUCCAAGACAUUGAGUGUUGCUUUUAUCUCCUCUCGUGAUCAAGUUGCUGAUAUAUUUACCAAGCCGCUGCUCUCCACUCGCUUUCUUACACUCAGAUCGAGUCUCACCAUUGUUUCCCUGCUGGACUCGCGGGAGGGUAUUAACAGACAUUCCACAUCGGCUUCCAACUCAGAUAUACAUUCAUCUAGCUCCAAGUCAGCUGCACAUAAAGAUGCAGAGCCAUCUCAGCAACAGAAAUUGUCCAAAAAUGUUUAAUUGUAUUGCUGGAUUAUUCUUGUAAUUCUGUUUUGUACUAAGGCAUUCCUUUCGGUUACAACAACUUCACACAGCUAGCACUAAGCGCACAGCACACCACGUGCCUGUGAGAAUGCCAAAAUGUUCUUGGCAAUUCGAUUCUCUCUAUAAAUAAGCCUCUGUACAAACAUUGAAAUUAUGAAGGAAAUAUUAUUGAGACUUUAUCUUC